AUGAAACAAUAAGCAGUCUAGCAAUUUAGUUCACCAAGUUAUUUAUCUUAGUAGCAGUAGCAUUAAUAGUAUUAGUAAAAAUCGCUUAGCAAGAAUUAGUAAUUUCAUCAAAGCUAUUCGGGCAUGCCUCAAAAUCAUAGUCAGCAGAAUUUUUAGAAUUAGUAUUCUAGCAGGAACGAAGAUUAAUUUAGCGCGGCUUCAUCUGCUGAUAAAUCUCUUGUAUUUCAAGGAAACUGUUUAAAUUAUUCUCAAUAACAGCCUGUGUUUUAAAAGAUCAAUUAAAAUUAUCAUUAAGAGCACAUGGCCUCAAAUGAUUAGUAAAUGAUAAAUAAUCCUCAGCAGUUGAAUUUCGAUCAAAAUUCAUACUUAAUAAAUAAUGGUAGCAAGAGUAGCCAUUAAGUACAUCAACAAUAAUAAAUGGCAUCUAGAUUCUACGUACCACAUAAUCUCGGUUUUUACCAGAAUAAUUAACAACAAGAUAUGAGCUAAUAACAAUCAAAUUAUUAAUAAUAGCAAUAAAUUUAAAUAAACUAAUAAUUUAUCUCUUCUCAGACAUUAUACACUUAAAAUUUUUAGUUGAAUGUGGGUUAGAAUAAUGAAAAGGUCUCUUGCCACUAAUUAUAAGAUUAAGGGAUAGAUUAAACAACGCACGUUAAACAUUAGUACCAAUAACAACAACAACAACAAUAAUAGCAAUAACAACCUUUCUAUCAAAACUCUAAAAAAUAAUUUCAAACACACCACGAAUAAAACGCAAGUUGCGAAAAAUUUAACAAAGAAAAAAGUUAAUAAUAAUUAGAGGAAUAAGGUAGUCCCUCUUCUGUUUUGUUAGUGAUAGUAUUUGAAUUAAAAGAUUUGCAAAUAACAAAUGACUAGCUACAAUAAAUAUUCUCACCUUAUGGAUUUGUCAACAAAGUGCUAAUAUUUUAGAAGAGCACUGACUCUACUAAGGCAUUUAUUGAAAUGAACAGUGUAGAGUCAGCUAAAAAGGCUAAAGAAGCCCUCAACAGGGCCAAGAUACCUCUUCUUCCUAACUAAAAAUAUAAAUUCAAAGUUCACUACUCAUAAACAACUGACUUAAACCUUUGCAAUUACAAAACUGAAGGCAAGGACUAUCGCUUAUCUUCAAACAAAAUUACAAAUUCAACUACUUAAAACUUAAUUUCUUCCAACUCGAAUUCUAAUUAAAUCAAUAACAAAUUCUAAUAAUAAGCAAUAAAUCAUAGCUCUCACGCCUCAUGCAAAAAUAAAAUAUAAGGAAACUAAGAAUAAGAAUAGGAAUAAUUGAACCUUAAGCAUCUCCCUUCUUCAUCUUCUUCUAUACCUUCUCCUAAAAACGCUUAGAGCUAAUAAUAGAAUAGCUUCAGUAAUAUAAAAACUCCUAACCAACAAAAUAGGAAUUAACAAACAUCUCAUAAUAAUCAUGGCUUCAAAAAUGUAUCUAAUUCGAUAGGAUAGACCAUUGGAGCUAUAACUUAUGUUGAAAAAAGUUAAUAGAAUCCUCAAAACUAAGAGGAAUUAAUACAAUAGUAAUAGUAUCAAGCUACAGUAGCUCCACCAAAUACUGUGAAUCCACUCAUAUAAAAUAUAGUAAUGUAGCCUCAUUAAAAUACUUAAUUUACAGCAAAUUCUUAGUUUUACAACCAAACAAUUCAGCCAUACUCGCAAAGUUUACAAUCACUCACAUCUACAUCCACGCCUACUUCUUAGGGGAAUAUCACAUUAGGAAGCAGCAUAAUCCAUAAUAAAUUAUCUUCUUCCCAAACAAAUAUAGGAUCGGUUAGAAAUGAAAGUGCUACUUACUUCUCCCCAAUAACAUUUUAAAUAUAAGGUGGAAGUGGCUUUAAUUAGCAAUUUUAAGAAGAAAAUGGAAUCAAGGAAGAAUUGGACUGUUUCAAAUCUCCACUAGACCAAAAAUAUGAGAUUAGUAAUGCAGGAAAUAGUAAUGCUAUCACUACUUCAAAAACUGUUAACAUAGGAAAGAAUGAUAGUAAUUAUCGUUAAGGCUCUUGUUCUAUGCUUCCUACUAAGCUUGAAAGCUUCGAAAGCUUUAAUUAGAUUUAAGAUUAAGGAAAUACUAGUAUUUAGAAUCUACCAGAAUUCAAUCUAUAGUCAGCUUGCUAAUAGAAUAUGAACAAUCCAUCAUCAACUUAAAGCCAAUCUCUUACAGAUAUUUCUCCUAGAAAAGGGAGCCUUGUUUUCUUGAAUUCUGAUAUGGUUGCGCAUUAACAGAAUAACUAAGAUAAUUAUUAUUCAUAGAUGAAUUCAUAAUUUUCACAGGCUUUAUAAUAAAAAGAGUUCAAGGUGCCUUCUUAGUCAUUUAUAGGUCCUUAGUCAAUGAUUGACAUCACCUAAAACUCGAAAUCAACUUGCUCAACUUCAUCACCAAGUCCCUUUCAUACAGUAACUUCUCCAUCUUAUCCAAAUUCAUGUAAAACUCAUCUUUACUAGCAAAUUUCUAGAUUAGAUAGUCUUUAAUUAAAUUAAGUUGAUUUAUCUAGCAAUAAUAUUAGCUCAUAAUUUAUUAACACCACUAAUUCUUCCUAAGGUUUCAUUAACAAUCAUUUAAGCAAAUAAUAUUCUCAUCCAUCAUAAUAGCAAUAAAUUCAGCAACAGUCUUAACAAUUUGCUUCAUCUACGCCUCUCAUUUAAGAAAAUAGCUUAGAUUAGAGCUUUUCAUCUGGAGUUGCAUUAUCGAACAAUAAUUUUUAAGAUGAACCUAACAACAUCUCUACCCUUAAAUCAAAAAAUUCUCUAUCUAACUAGCACAAUGAGUAAAGCGAAAAUUUGCCCCUUCAAUCUUUAUCUUAUUUAGGUUAAUAACAAUAAACAGAAGAAUCACCCGUUAUUUACAUAAAAAAUAUAAAAAUAAAUGAAGUUACUCCUGAAAAUGUCUACAAUAUUUUCCGUAACUUUGGCUAUGUUCACUCUAUCCUCUUUUUAAGGGAAAAGAAAACUGUAUUAGUUUAAUACGAAGAAGUAAGCUAGGCUAAAAUGGCAAUAAAUUAGCUAAACAAUAUGAGCUUCUAAGGUGAUGAUCAAAUGCGUAUUUCGUAUGCUAAGCAUAAAACAAUAAUUAUUAGACAAAAUUAAGGUUCAAAAACUUUGUAACAAUUUCAAUCAUUUUAAUAAAAUGACAAAAAUAAUUAAAAAUAUUAAUAAUCAGAUUAUUUUGUAAAUAAAUAUAAUGAUCCCAGGUCUAGAGCAGGAAGUUAAAAUAAUAAGAAAAACAACUUUUAUAAUCCUGUAAGCAAAACUGUUUAUGUAACAAAUAUACCGAUAUAGCUAAUCAAAAAAGAAUAAGAUUUCUUAAACAUUUUUAAGCCUUACGGAUCUGUAACUAAACACGAUAUAAGUAAAUAAGACAAAAAAGUUACAGCUUUUGUGGAAUUCGAUACAUUCUAGUCUGCCCUAAAUGCUAUCUGUUUCUUGCAUAACUCUUAGCACUUUGGAAAAUUAAUUUAAAUAUUCUUUACUCGCUCAAUGAUUAAACGAUUUUCGACUGAUUAGUGA